AUGACAGUCCCUGAAUCAACAAAAGAGAGCCACACCGAUGUUCUCAUCGUCGGAGCUGGACCAGCAGGUCUCAUGCUGGCAAAUUGGCUAAGUCGCUUCAACAUCAAGACUCGCAUUGUCGACAAGCGUGGUACCAAGGUAUUCAGCGGCCAAGCUGAUGGCCUGCAAUGCCGCACCCUAGAGAUACUGGAUUCUUUCGACUUCGGCCACCGUGUCUGGCGCGAGUCAAAUCAUAUGCUAGAAAUUUGCCUCUGGAACCCUGAUGAAACCGGUACGAUUCGGCGGUCGGAUCGUAUUCCUGAUACUAUCCCAGGAAUUAGUCACUUCCAACAGGUAGUCCUGCAUCAGGGCCGUAUCGAAAGGUUCUUCCUCGAUUCUAUCAAAGAGCAUAGCGACAUUGUUGUCGAAAGGGGUGUGCUACCAACUUCCUUCCAAUUCGACCAAGCCAAAGCGGCCGACUUUGGGGACUACCCUAUCGCUGUGACGCUGCGUACCUUGUCUGACGAGGAAGCCACACCUCAGCAGCGGCUGCAGCAUCAGAAGACCGAAGAUGGCCAGCGAUCUACCAGCGACGGGCUGUUCCGAAGUAAUUUGGCUGCCGACGACACCGAUGAUCUGAUUCGCGCCGCAAAGAAUGGAGACCACUCCCGUCCGGUGGAAACGGUCAGGGCCAAGUUCAUGGUGGGAUGCGAUGGGGCGCACUCGUGGGUGCGGCGCCAGCUCGGCUUCAAACUAGAGGGGGACUCCACCGACUACAUCUGGGGUGUCUUGGACAUCGUCCCAAUCACUGAUUUUCCGGACGUUCGGCAGCGGUGUGCCAUCCACUCCGCCAAUUCUGGUAGCGUCAUGAUUAUACCGCGCGAGAACAAGCUCGUGCGACUCUACAUCCAGCUACAGUCCACCGAUGUCAAAGACGGGGCCAAGGUGGAUCGGUCACACAUCACCCCUGAGGUUAUUCUGAAAUCCGCGCAGCAAAUCAUGCAUCCUUAUAAGCUGGACUAUUCGUACUGCGAUUGGUGGACUGCAUAUCAAAUCGGCCAACGAGUGGGGGAUGCAUUCUCGCUGCAGGAGCGAGUCUUUCUGGCUGGAGAUGCGGUUCAUACCCAUUCGCCUAAAGCAGGACAGGGGAUGAACAUAAGCAUGCAAGAUACUUUCAAUCUUGGAUGGAAGAUCGCGCAUGUGGUGAAUGGGUACAGCAGCGGGUCAAUCCUCAAGACGUAUGAAUCCGAACGAAGGCAAGUCGCACAAGACCUUAUUGCGUUUGACCAUCGCUUUUCGAGACUAUUCUCUGGGCGUCCAGCCAAGGAUGUCAUGGACGAGGAGGGUGUCAGUAUGGAAGAGUUUAAGCGUGCAUUUGAGAAAGGGAACGAAUUUGCAAGCGGAAUCGCGGUCAACUACGGUGCCAGUGUCAUCGUUGCGAAAGAGAGUGAAGCAUCCGGGAAAGGCGAUGGGACCUAUGCGAAAAGCAAGCCGCAGCUAGCCAGAGGAAUCGACAUUGGCAAGCGUAUUCCUAGUUUUAAGGUACUCAAUCAGUCGGAUGCCCGCCCAUGGCAUCUCCAGGAACUGUUGAAGAGCAACGGACGCUGGCGAGUGAUUGUCUUUCCUGGCGAACUCACCACUCCCCGAAAUAUGGAGCGCAUGCAAGACCUCGGCGCGAAACUAGCAGGUCCAGACUCGUUUAUUCGUCGAUAUACACCAACGGGGCAACCGAUUGACAGCCUGAUCGAAGUUCUGACUGUCCAUGCUGGGCCACGAACAGCAGUCGAGCUCCUCGAUCUCCCGGAGGCAUUUCACCCGUACGACAAGGAAUCAGGCUGGGAUUAUUGGAAGGUGUUUGUCGAUGACCAGUCCUACCACGAGGGACACGGCCAUAUUUAUGUCAACUAUGGUAUCAACCCAGACCAUGGAGCCAGCAUGAUUAUUCGACCGGAUCAGUAUGUGAGUUGGGUCGGGGAGGUGGAUGACUAUGCCGAGAUGUCUCGAUUUUUUGACACAUUCAUGACACCCCAACUGGCUGGAGAGACUGGAAAUGGAGAACUGUCAUCUAUAUUGGCAGAGGUGAAGGUGGACUAG